AUUGUUUUAAUACAUUUCCUGCUCCAUUUUUGUCAAAUAUGAAGUGGAUCAUCUUUGUCUGCCUUUUUGCUCUAGCCCUGUCCAAGCCUGCAUAUGAGCCCAUAAAUUUAUUCUACCAUGAGAGGGUUGGUAUUCCGAAGGCGGCUGCGAUUAAGAGGAGUGAAGAAUCCUCUGAUUUCAGUGGUAGCAGAAUUGUUGGAGGAACGCCAGCCACUUUGUCAGAUAGCCCUUGGUUUGCCGGUCUUAUACUUUACAUGAGGUCUGGUGCGACCUCAGUCUGUGGGUCUUCGCUGCUGUCAAACACCAGGAUUCUCACAGCAGCUCAUUGCUGGUGGGAUGGCAGAUCCGCGGCUCGAGAAGCCGUUAUAGUUUUGGGGUCACUGACACUAUUCACUGGCGGCGUUAGGAGAGGCACUGCUUUUGCUGAGAUGUACCCCGGUUACGAUCCCCGUACUUUGCACAACGAUAUCGCAGUAUUGAGCAUUGGCUUUAUUGGAUUUAACAACGACAUAAGACCCAUCGGACUGCCCUCGGGUCCUGACCUAGACAACGACUUCUUCGGAGCCGUUGCUCAAAUAAGUGGAUAUGGACGCCACGGCGAUCUUUACGGUUUGCCCACGGAUCAACGACUACAUGUAGUGAAUCUCACCGUGAUCGCCAAUGAGUACUGCCAAGUUUUCUUCGCACCAUCAGUUGUGGUGCCUUCGAGGCUUUGCACUCUAGACACACGCAGAGGCACCUGCGGCGGUGAUGAUGGUGGUGCAUUAGUUACUAGAAAUAUGGUGAUCGGUGUUGCGUCCUUCACCUCUGUUGCGGGUUGCGAUCGCAAUUUCCCGGUCGGUUUCAGCAGGGUGACCAGCUUCGUAUCUUGGAUAAACGCUCAGCUUUAAAAUGUCUAUUUUUUAACUGACGCUUAAAUAAGUUUUUAGAAUGGCGAAGAAGACGAGAGAUUUAUUUUUAUUUAGAAUUAUAAUACUAUAUAUUCUUCAUAACAGAAAUUGAACAACACAUACAAGAUGCAGCAAACAUGAUAAAAAUGUAUAUCGACGUACUGCUAUUGACAUAAGUAAUGUAUAAAAGAAACUAAGCAGCCCAUACAAUAUAGGUAUACAAUAUCAACAAUUAAAAAACCGACGUUACAAAGUUUGCAUAUCCAUUUGUUUUGGAAUUACAUCUGUACAUUACAUUUUUCACCACACUAGCUCGGAAAAGCUUUCUUUCUUAUUAGGAAUCUGCUCGCAAAAGCAUUUUUUCCACGCUAGAGUGGAAAAGGUUUAUGAAAUUCGAACUUGACGAUGGACUGUGGUGCACGUAACAUUUUCGAUAAAAAAAAA